AUGGCCAAACACCAAAGUUUCUUCAUUUUGUUUAUCACAUUUGUUGCUAUUUUUUUAGCAGAAACAUAUGUAAGUAAAGAGGUUGAAGGAAAUUUGGAUGCCCAGGGAUGGAAAAAUGCACGUGCUACAUUUUAUGGUGACAUGGGGGGUAAUGAAACCAUGCGUGCUUUGGAAAUAAUCUCUCUACCUUCACGAGAUAAGAUAUUAACGUUUGUAACAAAUUUAUUUGAAUACUAUACUGCAGAAGGAGCUUGUGGUUAUGGAGACUUAUUCAAGCAAGGGUAUGGCCUGGAAACAGCGGCACUAAGCACAGAACUCUUUAACAAUGGAUCUACCUGUGGAGCUUGCUUUCAAAUAAAGUGUGUCAAUGCUCCUAAAGCAUGCCAUCCAGACCAAGUCAUAACUAUAACUGCCACCAAUUUCUGCCCUCCAAAUUACACAAAAACUACAGACGUUUGGUGCAAUCCUCCACAACAACACUUUGAUCUGUCAUUGCCUAUGUUCUUAAAGAUUGCCGAGUACAAAGCAGGGGUUGUCCCUGUUGUUUACAGAAGAGUCACUUGCCACAAAAAAGGAGGUCUCAAGUUUGAGAUCAAAGGGAAUCCUAAUUGGAUUCUUGUUCUUGUUUUCAAUGUGGGAGGUGUUGGAGAUGUUGUCAGUGUCAAAAUUAAAGGAUCUAAGACUGGAUGGACACAGAUGUUGCGGAAUUGGGGACAAAAUUGGCAGAUUUCUCAGCAGUUGGCAGGACAAAGCUUGUCUUUCCAAGUACAAACUAGCGAUGGCAAAUGGGUUCAAUCUGAUAAUGUUGCUCCUGCUAACUGGCGAUUUGGUCAGACAUUUGAAGCGAAGAAUAAUUUUUAGCAGUUGUAUUUUGGAAAAUGAGUAGUUUUUAAUAAAUA